UUCUUUUUCAUUCUCCCGCUAUCUCUCUCUCUCUCUCUCUGUCUCGGGCCCUCGGCAGCCUGUUCCCACCUCUCCAGCUCUCUCUCUCUCGGCAGAUCGAAUCUCUCUCUCGGCAGACCACGGUUUCACACGGCGUCUCUCUCUGCAGACCGCUUGCCUCCGUCGUGCUCAAGAGGAUAAGUUUGGGUGUAGGUCAGAAGCUUGGGACCCAGGUCUAGAACGUGGCUUGUUUUCUACCCAUCAGAUUCAUGCCAUUGCUACCCAAAUUCCACCUUCCGUGAUUCGAUCGAGACUGGGGAGGAUAAGUUGUGCAGAACGAGUUGAAGAAUGCCAAAGGUGAAAACAAACCGUGUUAAGUACCCAGAUGGCUGGGAAUUAAUUGAGCCUACUCUUCGUGAACUGCAAGCAAAGAUGAGAGAAGCUGAGAAUGAUCCGCAUGAUGGUAAGAGAAAAUGUGAGACAUUAUGGCCUAUUUUUAAAAUAGCACAUCAAAAGAGUCGUUACAUUUUCGACCUUUACCACCGGAGGAAGGAAAUAUCCAAGGAAUUGUAUGAGUUCUGUCUGGAUCAAGGCUAUGCUGACCGCAAUCUAAUCGCAAAGUGGAAAAAGCCGGGGUAUGAACGUCUCUGCUGCUUACGAUGCAUUCAACCACGGGAUCACAAUUUUGCUACCACAUGUGUGUGCCGAGUGCCAAAGCACCUGAGAGAGGAGAAAGUUAUAGAGUGUGUCCAUUGCGGUUGUGGGGGCUGUGCAAGUGGGGAUUAAUUCUUCUCUUCUUCCAAGAAUGGCAAGAUCUUUGUACCAUGUAUUUUUCAGCAAUCUGUGUAAACCUUCGCUUGUCUUAAUCAACCUGAGGCUGGACCUUUGCAACUGGUAUUAGGGUAUCUUGCUAACUGUGGUUGCUGUGACAAAUUGUUUUGAUACCAAACAUAACUUAAAAGCAUAGUUGGAAAAUCUUGCCCACUUUUCAAGUUUGUCGUCAUAGAAUUGUGUAAGAUAUUUCCUACUAUCAAGGGUUGCAUGCUACUUAUUGUGCUGUAAUUGUUAUAGAACUAUGGUUCCUUAAUAUUUA